AUGAACCGUCGCCAGCACGUAAUAGAUGACGCUGCGGAGGGGACUUGCGGCUGGCUUCUUCAGGACCCAGCGUUUGUUCAAUGGAAGGGUGAUAAAAAUGGCUUGCUCUGGCUGACUGGAAAACCGGGGUCAGGGAAGUCAACAUUGCUCAAGUAUGCUCUUGCCAACGAGACUCAAGAAGAGAUUGUUCUUUCCUUUUUCUUCUAUGAUCGGGGCUCAGAACUCCAGCGGACGCCUCCCGGCCUGUAUCGAACCUUUCUGCAUCAACUGCUUCUCCAAAACCGACAGCGAGUGAGACCUCAUGUAUUCGAUAUUGUGGAUGAGUUCCAGGAAGCCCACAAAAGCCUGUCGGCCCUCGACCAAAACUGGAUAUACCAGGCUAACGAACUUCAGGAGCUGCUUCUAAAAUGCCUGCGCAGAAUCCUGGCCACGCACACCGUCGAGAUACUUAUUGACGCUCUCGAUGAGUGCGCAGUAGAAGAUAUCCUGACUCUUGAGCGAUUUUUCAGGAAACUACAAGCAGAAACUCCGGCCCUUGGAUACUCCCUGCGUUUAUGCAUCACUUGUCGCCAUUAUCCACUUGUGAAGUGGACAGGCGGCGUGGAAAUUUGCGUGGACGUGAGAAACGUUGCCGACAUCAGGAUAUAUGUCCAAAGAGCGCUGAAGGAGUUCGAAGAUGAGGCCGAUCGGCGCAGCAUUGAGGAGGAGAUUGUAGAUCGAUCGAACGGCGUGUUUCUAUGGGUGAGAUUAGUUCUUCCUGUCAUAAUAUCACAGCAUAGAGCAGGGUUCAGUGUGGAGCAGAUGCGCAGUCAUCUCCAAGCGAGGCCAACAGAUUUGUACCGCGUCUUCCAAGACAUUGUUCACCAGCUUGUUGAGGAGGGACGUCCGGAAAAUGAUUCGCCCCAAACCCUAGAGCUCUUCCAAUGGCUGUGCUUUGCGAGCAGGCCGCCCACCCUGACUGAGCUUCGGCAUGCUAUGAAUAUCAGUAAGAGAGACUCACGCUCGCAGAAACAUCUCGGAUCAAUCAAAGACAAUAGACAGAUGGAAAAGAGACUGAGGAGCCUCUCUGGAGGGCUUGGGGAAGCAAAAACAUACAGUGAUAUGCCAUUUGCACAACUGAUUCAUCAAACUGUGAAAGACUAUCUGAUAAACGAGGGAUUUCAAAUUUUGGAUCGCCGCCUCUGGUCCGCGAAUAUAGUCAUUGGACGGGCUCAUAUCCAAUUGGUAACCGCUUGUAUUAAGUACAUGUCGACGGAUGAGGUUGUCGAGCGGGAAGACCGUGUUUCCGACCAUGAAUUUCCCUUCCUUGAAUACGCUAUAUCUUCCUGGGUUCUACACGCAGAGCAGGCAGAGGCCAUGAACGUAGCUCAGGAUGAGAUUCUAACCUGCUUUGACUGGCCUUCCUCUCGGAAGGUAGACUCCUGGGUAAGGAUUUGGACCCAGCGAAGGAUCGAAUGGCCCGUCCCUAAGACGACAUUACUGCACGCUUCAGCAAGACAUGGUUUGUUCAGUGCAGCUGCGGCACAGAUUUGGAGAAAGACCUUUAUCAGCGAUAUGCUAGUCUUUCUUGCCUUUAAGAGCGUAACGGUCCUCGAACACAUCAAAGAACUGGCUCGGACCGCACUGCAGGCCUAUUACUCCCAUGGCCUUACUGACGUCGACUGCAGAGACGAGGACGGGAGAACACCAUUAUCCUGGGCAUCAGAAAAGGGCCAUUUGGCCAUUGUCAAGUUGCUUUUGUCGCAGGAUAACGUGGAUGUCAAUUCCGCAGACACAGUUGGACGGACAUCGCUGUCGUGGGCCACGACAAAUGGAGACGAUGCAGUGACGAGGGAGUUGGUCAAGCGGGGUGCCGACAUUAACAAGCAAGUCCAGAUGGGGAUGACACCACUGCACCUGGCUGCUCAGAAAGGGCAUGAGGCGCUGGUGCAUCUGCUGGUGGAGGCAGGCGCGAGAUCGGAUGUCCAAGAUGAACGUGGACGGACUGCUCUGCAUGAAGCGGCAUUGCAUGGACACGUCAAUGUGGUACAGAGGCUGAUUGAAGCGGGGGCAGAUAUCAAUGCCAGGGACAAAAAUGGUGACUCUGUGCUUCAUCGAGCCUGCGGCAGUAGGGACCACACUUUAGCACGUCUCCUCGUCAAGAGUGAGGCAGACGUGCUGGCGGUAGCCCAGCUCCUCGUAAAGCACGGUGCGGAAGUCAAUGUGGAGAACAACAAUGGAGAGACCCCCUUUCAUCGAGCGGCGAAGAACGGCCGGAGAGCCUUGGUCUUGUUGAUGCUUGAGAAUGGGGCCAAUGCCACGGCGGCGGACCAUGAAGGACGCACAGCACUAGAUGUGGCUGCUAAGAACGAUAAUGAGGACAUUAUUCGGCUGCUUCAGUCCAUAUCCACGACGACAGCACAAGACAACACAUUGACGCUGCAAGGGGCCGCACAAGAUGGAGAUCUGGGCGUAUUGCAACCGGAACCUGAAGGGAACGGCGAGAGCGUCACGCGCUCACUUGAAGCGACAGCCAAGGGAGGACAGGACGCAGAUGUGGUGUUGCCUACUGAUCAGCGGUUAAUCAAGCCGUCGAUCAAUGCUCAAGCACAGGCUCUGAAAGCAGCUGCGGCUCGCGGCGAUGUGACUAUUGUCGAGGAUCUCUUGAAGGGAAACCCAGCACUGGUGGACCACGACGGCGUGGAAGCAGCGCUACGUAAAGCUGCUGGAGAUGGCCAAGUGGACAUCGUCCGACUCAUGCUCGAUUGCGGUGUUAAUCCCAGGGCACCGCACGAGUAUGAGCCAUCAGCUCUGCACUUGGCUGCAUUCCACGGGCAAGAAAAAACUGCCCAGUUGCUCCUGGAGACGGGAAUAGGCGUCAAUUCCGAGCAAUUCUACACAGGGCAUCCGCUGCACUAUGCGGCCUGGGCGGGACAGCCAGCACUUGUUGAGCUACUCCUAAGACACGGAGCAAAAGCCAACGACCAUCUCACGAUGUCUGGAGAUACUGCUUUGCAUGUUGUGGCUCAUACAGCCCCGGCUGGCAAGAAGGCAAUCCUACAGUUACUUCUGAGGAAACAGCUAGAACUCAGCGAGGAAGAGGCAGCGGUUGUGGAUCGGUACAAGGCAGUGAUACGAAUAUUGCUGAAGAAUGGCGCCAAUCCUCGGCUCAGGAAUAGUGACGGGCAUACGGUAUCAGAACUGGCUGAAAGAAUGAAUGAUAUCUCUCCCUUCUCUGUGUAG